ACAGCAAUGUUGAUUGUCAUUCAAUAGACAACACAAGGAGGAAUUUCUGCAAAUCACUUGCACGAUUUAUCGUUCUAAUUAUUUUGCUGGGAAAAAUAUUACAUUAAGUAAAAAUGCAUAAAAUUCAAUCGUUUCCUGAGUAUCAAGUUCCCGGUGCGCAGCAUCAAGAUUUCUCACCUUACGAAUCAAAUGGAGGAUCCAUUGUUGCUAUUGCCGGUGAAGAUUACGUUGUAAUUGCUGCAGAUACACGUUUGAGCAGUGGUUACACUAUUCACACGCGAAAACAAAACAAACUUUUCCAAUUGUCGGAGAAAACUGUACUUGGUUCAACUGGCUGCUGGUGUGAUACAUUAGCGCUCACUAGUCUUGUUAAUGCGCGUAUGCAAAUGUAUGAGCAUCUACACUUGAAGACCAUGUCAACAGAAGCAGUAGCACAGAUGUUGUCUAUACUUAUGUACAACCGUCGCUUUUUCCCUUACUACGUUUCAAAUGUAUUGGCUGGACUUGACUCGGAAGGAAAGGGUGUUGUCUAUUCAUACGAUCCGAUUGGUCACUGCGAACGUACCACAUACCGCGCAGGUGGUUCGGCCGGUACGUUGCUGCAACCAGUAUUGGACAAUCAAAUUGGUGGAAAAGAUAGAGACGUGAAAAACAAACCUAAAGUACCCUUGGAGAAGGCUAAGGAAGUAGCUAAAGAUGCUUUCAUUUCAGCCGCGGAACGUGAUAUAUACACUGGUGAUUCAGUAAUCUUGAAAGUCAUCACGAAAGAUGGAAUUACAGAAGAAGAGGUGCAACUGCGCAAGGAUUAAAUAUGUAUACAAUAAACCACUUAUUUUUCUUAAAACAUUCAAAUAAAUUUCGAAUUUGAAAAUA